GCCUUGCCGGUGUGUAAUGCUCUAGGAUGAAGGUAUGGAAGGUGGUGGUGGUGGCCUCUCUGCUCUUCAGCACCAUCUUUUCGGCUCUGAUAUACAGAAACGUGUCCAUUAGAGGGAGGACAAUGGCUCCAGCCUCAAGCGAAGAACUUCAGCCUCAGGACCCGAGACUGCCACCCAGCCCCCAGUCUUACAAAGUGAAAUAUAAAAACAUGUUUAAAAGCCACACGGACGAGGAGGCUCAGGAGUUGGUUCGGGCUUUGAUCCAGAGGUACAGGCGGUCGCCGGACUGGAGGCGGAAGACUCGUACUCACUCGCGGGCGUCUCUGCGGACCAAGCGUGCGAAGUCGCGGGCCACCAAAGGCUGCUCGCUGAAAGAGAUCAACGUGACGGUCAGCGACCUGGGCAUCUCGCAGGUGUCGGAGGAGGUGGUGCGCUUCAGGUACUGCGCCGGCUCCUGCGACUCCGAGAAGAAGUUCUACGACCUGACGCUGAAGAACCUGCGCAACUCCAAGCUGAUCAAGAAGGAGGUGAGAGCCCGUCCCUGCUGCCGGCCCACCCUCUACGACGACGACGUCUCGUUCCUGGACGUCAACUUUCGCUACCACACACUCCGGCAACUCUCGGCCAAGGAAUGUGGCUGCGUCUGAAGGAAAAGUGUCGGAUACUCCGAUCCCUUCUUGGAAGGAGCAGGAACAACAAAAAAUACACAUCAGACAGACCUCGUUUGGGCUCAGGGUCUUGGUUCUUGGUUUCUUGGCCCUCCAAAAUAUUCCAAAUGGAAUUUAAACUGGAGGUGGUCCUGGUCACUUUCCACGGUUUCCUGGCGAGCGCUGGGUGGAAGGAGACAACGCAUCUGGAAGACAAGAGGGGGUGAUGUCUGACCACCACCCCCCCCCCCUCUCUCUUCUAGAGAGGUUCAGAUCUGCAGUGCCUCGUGAAGGAGCAAGUGUAUCCAACACAUGUGCCGCAACGCCGUUGUUGGCCGUGACCUGCACUGGAGAGACCACCUCAAUGGCCAGACGCGAGGAGUGGGGACGUGGACUUACUUGUGUUUUGCAAUUGACACUCUUCACCAAGUCUAGUCGUCAUGGAUUCCAGAAUGCAGGGUUGUGAUCCAAGGGUUAACAUCUGUGCCUAUGGAAUACACUUUGAAUAAUUCACCACUAACCCCAUUCCCUUCAUUCCUCUCUCUCUCUUUCUCUCACUGUCUAUCUCUCUAUAUCUCUCUCUCUCUCUCUCUCUCCAUAUAUCUCUAUAUCUCGCUCAGAUUAUGUCCAUCUC